GGAUGUGCAGAACCAUAGAGCUGCAUUAGGGAAGCAGAAGCUAAGAACCAAUUCAGAGCCAGCCUGGCCUCUAUCUGCCCAGGCCUUUCCUGAGCUACACGUGUAGGGAAUCUCUGUCUUUUAAAACAAACAAAAACCAAGGACCGAAGCGCCGAGUCGGAGGUGGGUGGUGAAAAGCAAAACGACUUGUUUUCAGGUUCUGGCUUAGGUGAUCCUCUCUCUACGCCUGCGCUAGUGAAUGGCGGGGGCUACGGGGGAGGUCGUUCUGCAGGGUCCGCCUCACGAGUGCCCGGGCUCCGCCCCCGCCGGUCCCUCCCGGCCCGGUACAGCUGCUUCCGGGCUCGCACGGCUCCGGGAGGCCGCUCCCCGGACGCCGGGCCCCAGAGCUACCCGCAGCGUGCGGCGCCCAGACGCCUGGGUCCCCGGGGAGGCCUGCACUGUGCCUCGCGACUGCCGUCUCCAAGGACGUCUCCGUUCUGACCUUGCGGAGGCCGCGUCUCAGCUGCGCCCUCGCGGGACGGUGGGGCCACUUUGUGGACCGAGAGCCUCCUAAGUUAAGGAAUGUGUGUAACCGCCCGGAGUUCGCUGGACACUUCCAUCCCGGCUUCCUCCCACCUGGGACUUCCUGCUCCUUGAGCCCCCUCGGGCAGCGCGGUUUAAGGCUCCUCAAAUUCAGGACCGAAGGACUCUGGACCACGUACCUUCCUUCUUCGAUGGAGCACCAUCUCCCUCUUUUGGGGCACCUUGGGGUGUGGCCUUGGUGAGUGAAACUUGGGGUGCUGACCUCUGGGAAGGAAAUCUGAAAACAGAACAUUGUGGGGGUGAUCCUGGCCUUAUAAGGCCCUGGAAGUCUGUGAGUGUGCGGGGUGGCAGAUGGAUUUCUUUUCCCCUAAACUGACAAGGAGGCAGGCCAUUUACCACACUUGAGGCUGCGUGAGCUCUUUCUGAAUUCAGAGUUAGGACGACAUCAGACAUCACCAAGCAGAUACCUAUUCUGAACCGGAACAGAUUCCGGCCUCUGAGAAGAUCCCGAGAAUCUUAAGCAGAGUCAGGAAGCGGUCGCAGAUUUGGGGGGGCUCAGUACACAGUUCAGUCAUGUUCCUGCGAAGGCUUGGUGGCUGGCUGCCUCGACCUUGGGGACACAGGAAAUCAACAAAGGCUGGCUUGCCUGCCCCAGAACCCAGAUGGGUGGACAGUUCCCCCGAGAAUUCUGGGAGUGACUGGGACAGUGCCCCAGAGACAAUGGGAGAUGUGGGACCUCUCAAGAAGACCAAGGACUCAGGGAAACCGAGGAUCCCUGGGGCUGCUCCAGAGUCGAGCAGAGAGGUCCAAGUGGAUCAACUUGGGAGCAAAAGAAAGGAUUCCUUCAAGCGGGACAAGACUGCCUCUGGCGUUCAAGAGCCUGCGAGACUGGAGGCUGGAGGAGCCAUUCCUGGAGGAGCCGUUCCUAAACUGGAAGUGGGUUCUGUGGAUUCUGGCGGCGUGAAGAACCUUGGAGUGCCACCCCCAGGAGGACUAGGCACCACCGGACCAGAAGCCCUAUUGGAGAAACCUGGUCGCAGGCAGAAGCUCCUGCGUUGGCUCCGGGGGGAACCGGGGGCUCCCUCACAUUACCUGCGGGACCCAGAGGAGUAUCUGCAGAUCUCCACCAACCUGACCCUACACCUGCUCGAGCUGCUAGCCUCAGCCCUGCUGGCUCUGUGCUCCAGGCCGCUUCGAGCUAUCUUGGACGCUGUGGGCCUUCGAGGACCUGUGGGGCUCUGGCUACACGGGCUGCUGUGUUUCCUGGCCGCCCUCCAUGGGCUCCACGCUGUGCUGAGCCUACUUACUGCCCACCCCCUGCAUUUUGCCUGCCUCUUUGGCCUCUUGCAGGCCCUGGUGCUGGCUGUCAGCCUCCGGGAACCUACUGAGGAUGAGGAGACCACUGAUUUGGAGACUGAGGAGCAGGGGAGGGAGGCCAAGGAGUCAAGGGAAGGUCCAGGGAGGGUGCUAUGACUGGGUGAGGGUGGGGGCAAAGGGUGAAGAUAGUGGUGUGGCCUUUGGGAGGAAGGUGGGGAAACCCAGAUCAUAAGCACAGUGACCUCAGGGAUGGGGAGGAGACUCAGGAGCAUGAAGGCACAGGAGCCUCUGUCAUACAGGUGACAGAUUGGGGCUGUUUAGGUGUCUGAGAAUGGACAAUGGGACGCCACCAUUUGAGUCACCAGCUGUUGUUAUUGCUUCCUUUUACAUUAUCCACCUUUUUUUUUUUAAAAAUUACCACCUCGAAUCCUCCCACACCUCCACUUUUAAAGAGCAAAACAAACGAAAUAAAAGUGAUGAUGGAGAAAGAAGGCCGAAGGGUCCUUUCCAGGUCCCGGGGUGGGCAAGGCCAGAGGCGGACAGAGAGCUCUGCAUUAAGAGGUAGUGAGGAGAUCCAUGCUUUCCCUUGGAUCCUAGGAUCAGAGCCACCUAGGAGAGUGGAGUUGUGAGGCAGGGAUUGUAGAAGGGGCCCCAGGUGUUGUACCUGCAGGGAGGGUCUGGUACUCAGUGAGAUCCCGAAGAGACAGGGAUGGUGCAAGCCACAUGGGCGCGAGGACCAGUUCAGAAGGGCUGUGCCGGGCAGCGGGGAAAGCACAGCGCCUCUCGUGUCCACUUGUGUUAGGAAUUUGCUCACUCAGCAAUAAAUGUGCUACCCUAAAUCCUAAA